UUGCUCAACAUUUAUUAACCUACAAUGGUAACACUCAUAGUCCAGAGGAGAAAAGUAAAAUCAGCAUAAAUUCAGAACAUUUUCUUUAUUUUCCAACCACAACAAAAUUACCUCAUAACUAAAUAAUAAACUUAAGUAAAAAAAUUAAACAAAAUCCCCAAUAAAACUAUAAAUAUGACGGGUACGUUUAGUGUCAAGAUAAAAUCGAAGAAAGGUCAAUUCAUAAUGAAGGACUUGACUGCUAAAACAACAAUUGCUGAAUUGAAAGCAAAAGUUUCCCAAUUGACUGAGGUAAAAGAACAGCAGUUAAAUAUAUUGGCUGGUUACCCGCCGCGAGCAUUAGAUCUGUCGCAAAAUGAAAACUGCAUAUCUACAAUAGGUGUUAGCUCUGGUGAAACAUUAAUUGUGGAAGAGAAACCAGCUGGUGAAGCCACUUAUUGCUUGGAGGAUGACGAAGCCCUUGCGCGUAGAUUGCAAGCGGAAGAAGAGGAAGAGCAAUUGCGACAGGUUGUAGCAAACGCUACUAGUGUUGAGGGUUCCAAUGGACCUUCAGCACCGAUUGAAUUGCCCAGUGGUUCUAGCGGAAGUUUCGAUGGAAUCUUGCUCAAGAAAGUUGUUCCAGCAGAUAAUUCUUGCCUUUUUACCAGCAUACGUUUCGUAUUAAAUGGCAGAAUCGACAAUGAAGGAAGUGAAAUGAUGCGACAUAUUAUAGCCCAAGAAGUUUCCGCUGAUCCUCAAGUAUACAAUGAUGCUGUUUUGGGAAAGUCAAAUGCCGAAUAUUGCGCCUGGAUACAAAAGUCUGACUCGUGGGGAGGUGCUAUCGAAGUUUCCAUACUGUCAAAUUACUACGGCAUUGAAAUUGAUGUCGUAGAUAUUCAAAAUGCAAUUAUAAAUCGCUUUGGAGAAGAUAAAAAUUAUGGGCUACGUGUCUUCCUGCUAUUCGAUGGAAUACAUUACGAUCCAUUAUAUAUGGAAACGGCAGGGGGCGGUGCUCCUGCCACUAUAUUUCCAAUCGAGGAAUUAGGUGUAUAUCACCAAGCGGAGCAGUUAGCUAACGAAGCAAAAUCGUCUAGGCAAUUCACCAAUGUUGAUAAGUUCUCCCUGCGUUGUCUACAGUGUGACGUUAUGCUUAUUGGUCAAGUGCAGGCACAGGAACAUGCGCAAUCAACCGGGCAUACUAGAUUCGGUGAAAUUUAAUACGCAGUCAUUUUUAGUUCGUUAUACUUUCUUGCUUUCUUCAUAUUUGCUUAUUUCGUACUCACUUCCUAAAGCUUGACGAACACAUCAAACUCAUGAAAUUCCUAAACGUGAGAACCAAAGACAAGGAGAAGUGCGAUUCUCUUCGCAUUGUCACAAAAUUUUAAUUUAGCUGAAUUAAAAGCAUGCCUCUCAUAACUUAUUUUUCUAAUAUUUCUUUAUAAAUAUUUUAUGAAAUUUGUUAACCAAUCUUUUAAUUGAAAGUUUGUAAAAAAACAAUCAUCCAUUUAACAUAAAAUAUGUUCUGUAAUAGCUUAGCUAAUCGUAUAAAAUUAUAGCAUAGAGCUUCGAGCGAGAUUUUUAAAUAUAUUUAAGAUACGUAUUUAAAUUCGAAAAUAAUAACAAUUCACUCUUGAUUGCAAAUAUGUAAUGCCCAUAUGUAUUUAAGCUUUGUUUAACAAAACAUCGUUAUUUUAUCCAAAAAAAAA